CCCUUCUUCUCCUUCAUUUUUGCUUCUUCGAUCAGACACCCGAAACCCUUAAGCUCUCGAGCCGUCGAAAAUGUCGAAGCGAGGACGUGGAGGAACGUCUGGUAACAAAUUCAGGAUGUCACUUGGUCUGCCCGUUGCAGCCACAGUGAACUGUGCAGACAACACUGGUGCCAAGAACCUUUACAUCAUUUCGGUUAAAGGUAUCAAAGGUCGUCUCAAUCGAUUGCCUUCUGCUUGUGUUGGUGACAUGGUCAUGGCCACUGUCAAGAAAGGUAAACCAGACCUCAGGAAAAAGGUUCUCCCUGCUGUGAUUGUUAGGCAACGUAAGCCAUGGCGCCGAAAGGACGGUGUUUUCAUGUACUUUGAAGAUAAUGCUGGAGUGAUUGUGAAUCCUAAGGGAGAAAUGAAAGGUUCUGCGAUUACUGGACCCAUUGGGAAAGAGUGUGCUGAUCUCUGGCCAAGGAUUGCUAGUGCUGCUAACGCCAUUGUCUGAAGAUUCAUGAAUCACUUGCUAGUUAUGUAUCUGCUUCAACGAAACUUUAAGUAGUUGAUGUUUUGGAUGUUUUAACAUUUAAGUAGAGACAAAGAAUCUUUUGUGAGCUUAAAGACAUAUUUCAGUCUUGAUUUCUAAGAGAUUUUGCUUAUUUUGUUCCA